UAACAGCCGAUAUGCUUCGGAUGUUAACGAACUUGUUGUGAGGUGGUCGCAAAACUGCGGGGCCCGAAGCACUAUCCUAUCGCCUUGAGUGACAUCAGUAGCAUGUAGUACGAUGAGAUCUAACUAUAAAGUGCGUACGGUCAACUCCUGUCAUGGAUUUUCAGUGGCAGCUCAAACACUUCAUUCCACCUUGGCUCUUAUCAUUCCUGUACCAAAAAGGCAAACCGAAACUGCAAUCAUGUCUCGCAUCCAAGUCGGCACCUUGAUCUACGACUUUCAAGCCAUUGACGUCGUCGGACCCUUUGAUCUCCUCAACAGCAUCCGCCAAGACUUUCUCAAAGGUCUCACGCUCUUUGGCCCUAUUGCUAAAGCUACACUCGCUCGAGCGCCGGAAUUCGACUUCCACCAUAUCGGCUUAACGCGAGACCCCGUGCCUCUUCUGAGCAGUUCGCUGAGAAUCUCUCCGACCACGACCCUUGCGGAAUGUCCGGAACUGGACUAUCUCUUGAUUGGCGGGCCCGAUCAAGAAUUUAAGCUGGCGCCCGAGUUCGCAGAGUUUAUCCGUCGCCACGUAGCCGCCGGAAAGCUUCUGUUUACGACUUGCACUGGGGCUUCUGUCAUCGCUUCUACGGGGGUUCUCGAUGGGAAGAAUGCAACGAUCAAUAACGUCGAGUAUGAAUACUUCAAGAAGCGCUAUCCCCAGGUCAAAUGGACUAGAGAGAAGAAAUGGGUUGUUGAUGGGAACAUUUGGACUGGGUCAGGCGCUGUUGCGAGUAUGGACAUGAUUGCCCAUUGGAUCAAGGAAAGCUAUGGCCUCGACGUUCUUAUUGAGGCAUGCAAGUCCCUUGACUAUGAGCCGAGGGACAUUGAUGGACUGUUCACUGUGAUUCCAAAGCGCUACGACUCCCAAGGAAACCAGGUUUCCACUCUUGAAUUCUUCUACCACUAGGCUCGAUAAGUGGGUGCUCAAUGUCGGUAUCGAAGAAUAGCACCUCGGCAGCAAGGUGAUUGCGGUUUUCUCUAUCUCCCCUCACUUAGUUACAAGCCUACUAUCAUUAUCAUUAUUCUCACUCUCUUUAACCAGAACUCAUUAUAUAGAAUAUCAAUAGUAUACAGGGUAGGAACUGUGUAGGUCUAGUCGACAUCGAGUCGAUGUCGCCUAUCCCCAGUCAGAUAAAACCUCCCUCCUCC